CAAAGGCUGAUUUCUCACCUAGUCACCCAAUCAAUCACGCAGUGAAAACCCAUCACAAAACACGACAUGGCAAAAAGAAAGAGAAAUACGGCUGCGGAAUCAGUGCCUGCAGUGCCAGCGUCAUCUUUACCAUCGAAGAAAUUGAAGCAGUCUACCACGCCCAAAUCCAAUUCCUCCAAGCCUACUACCAUUCAAAUCAUAACGGGAUCUUACGACAGAGUCCUUCAUGGUAUCACUACGACGAUACGCUCCGACGAUGAUGUCCAAUUCGCAGAUACUUUCCUCUUCAACGCCCAUACCUCUGCCAUUCGAACUUUAGCACUCUCUCCUCCCUCUGCGCCAGUUCCUAGACAAUCACAAAAAAUAAUCCUUGCCACUGGUAGUACUGACGAGCGCAUAAACCUCUACCACAUAUCCGCACACCCUCCAUCUAAGAUAUCUAUCCCUGCAAUUCCUUCUCUCACGGCCAAGGCCGUUGUAGAGAAUCCUCAAAAUCGCGAGCUUGGUUCUUUACUGCACCAUGCCUCUUCAAUCACCGCCCUCUAUUUUCCAACUCGGAGCAAGCUGAUGAGCUCUGCAGAAGAUUCGACUAUUGCAGUUACGCGAACAAGGGAUUGGAGCUUACUGAGUACUAUCAAGGCACCUAUACCGAAAGCGGUGGGCCGGCCCAGUGGUGAUACUGCCCCGCUUGGGGGACAACCUAGUGGAGUGAAUGACUUCGCGGUUCAUCCGAGUAUGAAACUUAUGCUUAGUGUGGGAAAGGGAGAGAAGUCUAUGAGAUUGUGGAAUUUAGUUACGGGAAAAAAGGCGGGCGUGCUAAAUUUUGAGAGAGAAAUGUUAGGCGAGGUAGGAGAAGGAAGAUUUAGCAGUGGAGAGGGAAGGAGAGUCACCUGGGGCAAUACUAAAGAUGGCGGGGAGGAGUUUUGUGUAGGAUUUGAAAAGGGACUGCUCGUUUUCGGGAUGGACUGCAAAGUUAGGUGCAAGGUGGUUCCUACACCAAGGACCAAGAUCCAUCAGCUUUCUUACGUUCAGGUGGGAGAUGAUGAGGAUACACAGGUCUUGGCUGUGUCGACGGAAGAUGGAAGAAUAUUGUUUUAUUCCACAGAUCCCAAAGAUUUGGAAACUACAAAGGCAGCAGAAGGCAAAACACAGCCAAUAGCAGCUGCCAAACUCUUCGCGCAACUUGGUGGGAAAGAUAAUGGGGUAUCCGGACGUAUCAAGGACUUUGCCGUUUUGAAUAUUGGUGAGGGUGCUGCAAGAUACAUCAUCAUUGUGGCAGCAAGUAGUGACGGUACAGUCAGACUCUACAAAUUAUCUGCAGCCAAGGAUUUGGCCCAAAUUGGAGAGAAUGUAAACCAGGUCGGAAAAUUAAUUGGCGCAUACGAGACCGGAAAUCGUAUUACAUGUUUAAAGGCAUUUGUAAUGUUACCGGCUCCUGAAGGAGUAGAGGAUGAAGAAAUUGAGAUAAACGAGGAUGAUGAGGAGAGCGCAGACAGUAGCAGUGAUGAUAGCGAAUAAGAUACCCUCCGAGGAAGGAUUUCCAUAAAUAUUGAGCUUCGCUCCAUUCUCUUUAUCUUAUUUGCGGUUUUCGUCGUAUGAGAAACCUAAAGAGUGUUGAAGUGGUGCCCUUAUCAUACUCAAUCAAUCCUUUGCGUGUAUCAUCAUGAAUCAUCCUAUUUCAAGUAGCACAAGCCGGUCCCAAACAUGAGGCGGGACAGAAGCAAUUAAAAGAAAGAAAAAAAGAAGAAGAAUACAGCUAUUAAGGAGAUGUACUCGAUAUUAUUUCGAGUAUUCAACGUCCAGUAUGCACAGUCUAAUUUGCUUCCACUUUCUGGGUUACUCUAUUUCAUUCAUUUAUCCAAGCUACUGUAUCGUUUCACAUUACUUCGUAUCUUGGAUUUUCAAUGAGCAAGUUAUAUGCAAACGAAUUGCUAGCCCAGCUCAUUUUCGCCGCAAGUCAAAAAAACGAUACGCAUUCAUGGCUAUGAACUCAGAGAUAUACAGACUCGGCAUAUCAGUCGGAUUCUCUAUCUUCACGGUACGCGAGAGUACUUUUGAAUCGUCCAUU